GUUUACCGAGCUGCUAGGUGGAGCCUGCGCGGCGGAGCCGGGGACUACUCCAGAUCCGGGUUUUGUCUGCCACCCCUUCCCCCGGUACGAGCCCCCUCCCGGCUCUGGGCGCUCUCGGAGCUCGCCUGCCCGCGGCUCAUUCUGGCCUUGGCUGCGGCCCCGGCUGCACCCGCCGCGCGCAGAGCUGCACGGUCCCGGCGCACCCGCGCCCCGACCGGCUUCUGGAGCGUCGCCCGGUCGCCUACUCGCCCGGCCCCGCUCGCCCCAGUUCCCAGGAGCGGGAAUGCAGAUGCUGUCGCUGGUCCGGGUGGGCGCCGCCGCCGCUGCUGGCUUUUUCUGGACUGCUUGUUGCCUCCGCUCCCGCAGCUGCUGCUGCUGCUGCCGCCGCCGCCAGUGACUCGCCCCCUCCCCUUUCUUUCUUCUCUUUUCGCCUCCGUCGUCCUUCUCCGAUUGUGCGCGCGCGCGGGUUGCACGGUUUGCUUUGGCAGAAGCUCUCUCGUGUGUGCGCGUGUGUGAGUGUGCGUGUCUAGAGAGCGCCAGAGCCUUGCUAGCUCUCCGGGAGCCGAAGAAGAGAAAGAACCGAAGAGGCGGCGGCGCGGAGCCCGGGGCCGCGCAAUGAAGCACCCACAUGCCCGCAGCUGCCCGGCCCUGCCGGCGAGCUAAUCAGCGAACUCCCGGGCUCCGGGCUCCGCGGCCACCCGGACACAGCCCUCGGCUGCCAGGCGACUGCUCCGCCCCGCGCGCCGCCGCUGUACACCCGGGAAGGAGUUUGGUGGCCCUCGCUCCGGCUCUUGGCGCAGGUUGCGGGAGCGAAAGGAGACCCUCGGCGGGGAGAAAACCUCGAGUGGAGGGGGAGAAGGAGGAGGAUUUGGCGGAAAAGCCCCUCGUCGCCCUUGCGGCUCCCCCUACCUAUUCCACCGCUCCUGCUCUCGGACCUAAAGGGGAGGACGAGGAAGAAGAAAAAGAAAGAGAAGGGGGUGGGGUUGGGAGAACUGGAUCUAAAGAUCGGCUGGGGGGGGAUGGUGGAAGAUUUUUGGUCUCUUCAGCAGCGUCUUUUCCUAAGCGGCAGCAGCAGCGGGAGGAAAAGCAGUCCCAGCUAUGACUGCCGCAUGUUAAUAGCUGCCGCCUGUGUCCCUUGGCUGCUGCUAGAGAGAGCUUGACUCCGAAGUUGUGCAACUGUGCACUGGGAGAGACAUUUGAACCCUCUUCUCUCUUGGCUCCGUUUUUACCCCCUCGGUGUGUGUGAAGCCAGGAAACGCAAAGAAAGACAAGCGUUUGGUUCUUGUCCCCCCCACCCCCCCACCACCCCUUCUCUAUAGCUGUGUAACAGAAGAAAGGGAGAAGGAGAGACUUUUUGUUGUUUCCUUGGCUGGGUUUUCCACCCUCCUGCUGCCUUCCCUGCGCUUUGGUUAUCAUUCUUUGCCGACUGUGGUAGGGGUGUCUUCGCUGGGGCCGGUCGGUCGUUUGCCCCGGGCUCCGUGGCUGGAUUGUGGAAACUGCACCCGGCUGCAGGUUGUUGAGCAACUGAUGGGACGAUCUCAGGAGCCUGCGGUUGCGAAAGAAAUGUUCAAAUGUUCUGUAAAUUGGAGGAAGAAAACAUGGAUAUUUAGCUACUGAAAACCACAUUAAGGAUUCGAAUUUGGGAUAUUGGUGUUUCUGUUUUUGAGGAAUAUUUCUUUUUUGGGUUUUUAAUUUUUUUUUAAAUCAUCGGUUUUGCAAUACGGAAGAGGAACCCGAAACACUCCUUUGUUACACAUUUCCAACACUCUUGAGGCACUCUCACGCUCAACCACACAACCAUGUGGCUGUCACAGCUACUUAUCUUCGUGAUGCUCUCAGCACCAAUAGUUCACGGUGCCAAGCACAAUGAGCGACAUCCAGCCCUCGCUGUUCCCCUGCGACAUGCUGAGCGCAGCCCCAGCGGUGCGCUACCACCCAGACAUCUCCUUCAGCAGCCAGCCGCAGAGCGCGCCACUGCUCAUCGUGGACAAGGGCCCCGUGGAGCUACCAGAGGAGUUCGUGGUCCAGGUGCCCAAGGAGCCCAGAUCCCAGCCCAAGCUUUCAGCCGCGCCCCAAUACCGAUGGCUGUGGUCCGAAGAGAGCUCUCCUGUGAGAGUUACCCCAUAGAGCUGCGCUGCCCAGGAACAGAUGUCAUCAUGAUUGAAAGUGCCAACUAUGGGAGGACUGAUGACAAAAUCUGUGACUCUGACCCUGCUCAGAUGGAGAAUAUACGAUGCUAUCUGCCAGAUGCCUAUAAGAUUAUGUCUCAAAGGUGCAAUAACAGAACGCAGUGUGCGGUCGUGGCAGGUCCUGAUGUAUUUCCAGACCCGUGUCCAGGAACCUAUAAAUACCUUGAAGUGCAGUAUGAAUGUGUCCCUUACAAAGUGGAACAAAAAGUUUUUCUUUGUCCUGGACUACUAAAAGGAGUUUACCAGAGUGAACAUUUGUUUGAGUCUGACCACCAGUCUGGGGCGUGGUGCAAAGACCCUCUGCAGGCUUCUGACAAGAUUUAUUACAUGCCCUGGACACCAUACAGAACUGAUACCCUAACUGAGUACUCAUCCAAGGAUGACUUCAUUGCUGGAAGGCCAACUACAACCUACAAGCUCCCUCACAGGGUGGAUGGCACUGGAUUUGUAGUGUAUGACGGAGCUCUGUUCUUCAACAAAGAGCGUACCAGGAACAUAGUAAAGUUUGAUUUGCGGACUAGGAUAAAGAGUGGAGAGGCUAUCAUAGCAAAUGCCAAUUACCAUGAUACCUCCCCUUAUCGGUGGGGAGGCAAAUCUGACAUAGACCUGGCAGUAGAUGAGAAUGGGCUGUGGGUCAUCUAUGCAACAGAACAAAACAAUGGUAAAAUUGUCAUUAGUCAAUUGAAUCCUUACACCCUACGGAUUGAGGGGACAUGGGAUACUGCGUAUGAUAAAAGAUCAGCUUCCAACGCAUUUAUGAUUUGUGGGAUUCUGUAUGUGGUCAAAUCUGUAUAUGAGGAUGAUGACAACGAGGCCACAGGGAAUAAGAUUGACUACAUUUAUAACACCGACCAAAGUAAGGACAGUGUGGUGGAUGUACCCUUUCCCAAUUCAUACCAAUACAUAGCAGCUGUGGAUUACAACCCCAGGGACAACCUGCUUUAUGUAUGGAAUAACUAUCACGUCGUGAAAUAUUCUUUGGAUUUUGGACCUCUGGAUAGUAGAUCAGGACAGGCACAUCAUGGGCAGGUGUCCUACAUCUCUCCACCAGUUCACCUCGACUCUGAGCUAGAAAGACCCCCUGUUAGAGAAAUUUCUACUACAGGACCACUUGGCAUGGGAAGCACCACCACCAGUACCACCCUUCGGACCACAACUUGGAGCUCAGGCAGGAGUACCACCCCGUCGAUGUCAGGAAGAAGAAACCGGAGCACCAGCACCCCAUCUCCAGCUGUUGAAGUGCUUGAAGACAUUAUCACACAACUUCCAUCAGCAUCAUCCCAAAUCCCAGCUCAGGAAGAGAGCUGUGAGGCUGUGGAAGCCCGAGAAAUCAUGUGGUUUAAGACCCGCCAAGGACAGGUGGCAAAGCAGCCAUGUCCCGCAGGAACUAUAGGAGUAUCAACUUAUCUGUGCCUGGCUCCUGAUGGAAUCUGGGACCCCCAAGGACCAGAUCUGAGCAACUGUUCUUCUCCUUGGGUCAACCAUAUCACGCAGAAGUUGAAAUCUGGAGAGACAGCUGCCAACAUUGCUAGAGAGCUGGCUGAACAAACAAGGAAUCAUCUGAAUGCUGGAGACAUCACCUACUCUGUCCGUGCCAUGGAUCAGCUGGUAGGCCUCCUGGACGUCCAGCUCCGGAACUUGACCCCAGGUGGAAAAGACAGUGCUGCACGCAGCUUGAACAAGCUUCAGAAAAGAGAGCGCUCUUGCAGAGCCUAUGUCCAGGCAAUGGUCGAGACAGUUAACAACCUCCUCCAGCCACAAGCCUUGAAUGCCUGGAGAGACCUGACUACAAGCGAUCAACUCCGUGCAGCCACCAUGUUGCUGGACACUGUGGAGGAAAGCGCCUUCGUGCUGGCUGAUAACCUUCUAAAGACUGACAUUGUCAGAGAGAACACAGACAAUAUUCAGUUGGAAGUUGCAAGGCUGAGCACAGAAGGGAACUUAGAAGACUUAAAAUUUCCAGAAACCAUGGCUCAUGGAAGCACUAUCCAGCUUUCUGCAAAUACGUUAAAGCAAAAUGGCCGAAAUGGAGAGAUCAGAGUGGCCUUUGUUCUGUAUAACAACUUGGGUCCUUAUUUGUCCACGGAGAAUGCCAGCAUGAAGUUGGGAACAGAAGCUAUGUCCACCAACCAUUCUGUUAUUGUCAACUCCCCUGUUAUCACAGCAGCAAUAAACAAGGAAUUCAGUAAUAAAGUUUAUUUGGCUGAUCCUGUGGUGUUCACUGUUAAACACAUUAAGCAGUCCGAGGAAAAUUUCAACCCAAACUGCUCAUUUUGGAGCUACUCCAAACGCACAAUGACAGGUUAUUGGUCAACCCAAGGCUGUCGGCUUCUGACAACAAAUAAGACACAUACUACAUGCUCUUGUAACCACCUAACCAAUUUUGCAGUACUGAUGGCACAUGUGGAAGUUAAGCACAGUGAUGCAGUCCAUGACCUUCUUCUGGAUGUGAUCACAUGGGUUGGAAUUUUGCUGUCCCUUGUUUGUCUCCUGAUUUGCAUCUUCACAUUUUGCUUUUUCCGCGGGCUCCAAAGUGACCGUAACACCAUCCACAAGAACCUCUGCAUCAGCCUGUUUGUAGCAGAGCUGCUUUUCCUGAUUGGGAUCAACCGAACUGACCAACCAAUCGCCUGUGCGGUCUUUGCUGCUCUCCUCCAUUUCUUUUUCCUGGCCGCCUUCACCUGGAUGUUCCUGGAGGGUGUGCAGCUCUAUAUCAUGCUGGUGGAGGUGUUUGAGAGUGAACAUUCACGCAGGAAAUACUUUUACCUGGUCGGCUACGGGAUGCCGGCGCUCAUUGUGGCGGUGUCGGCUGCAGUAGAUUACAGGAGCUAUGGAACAGAUAAAGUAUGUUGGCUCCGACUUGACACCUACUUCAUUUGGAGUUUUAUAGGACCAGCGACCUUGAUAAUUAUGCUUAAUGUAAUCUUCCUUGGGAUUGCUUUGUAUAAAAUGUUUCAUCAUACUGCCAUUCUGAAACCUGAAUCGGGCUGUCUUGAUAAUAUCAACUAUGAGGAUAACAGACCCUUCAUCAAGUCAUGGGUUAUAGGUGCAAUAGCUCUUCUCUGCCUGUUAGGAUUGACCUGGGCCUUUGGACUCAUGUAUAUUAAUGAAAGCACAGUCAUCAUGGCAUAUCUCUUCACCAUUUUCAAUUCUCUACAGGGAAUGUUUAUAUUCAUAUUCCAUUGUGUUCUACAAAAGAAGGUAAGGAAAGAGUACGGGAAGUGCCUGCGGACGCAUUGUUGUAGCGGCAAAAGUACAGAGAGUUCCAUCGGCUCAGGGAAAACAUCUGGUUCUCGGACUCCUGGGCGCUACUCCACGGGCUCACAGAGCCGGAUCCGCAGAAUGUGGAAUGACACGGUCCGAAAGCAGUCAGAGUCUUCCUUCAUCACUGGGGAUAUAAACAGUUCAGCAUCACUCAACAGAGGAGCCAUGGCUAAUCAUCUUAUAAGCAAUGCUCUGCUUCGUCCGCAUGGUACUAACAAUCCCUAUAAUACAUUGCUUGGGGAACCGGCGGUCUGUAACAACCCUUCUGUCAGCAUGUACAACGCACAAGAGCCCUACAGAGAGACAAAGGGGCUUCUGAACAAUGCCAGGGAUACAAGUGUCAUGGAUACUCUACCACUGAAUGGUAACCAUGGCAAUAGUUACAGCAUUGCCAGCGGCGAAUACCUGAGCAACUGUGUGCAAAUCAUAGACCGAGGCUAUAACCAUAACGAGACCGCCCUAGAAAAAAAGAUUCUGAAGGAACUCACUUCCAACUAUAUACCUUCCUACCUGAACAACCACGAGCGCUCCUGCGAACAGAAUAGGAAUCUGAUGAACAAGCUGGUGAAUAACCUCGGCAGUGGGAGUGAAGAUGAUGCCAUUGUCCUGGAUGAUGCCACUUCCUUUAGCCACGAGGAGAGUUUGGGUCUGGAACUCAUUCAUGAGGAAUCUGAUGCUCCCUUACUGCCCCCAAGAAUUUACUCCACAGAGAACCACCAGCCACACCAUUACACCAGAAGGCGGAUCCCCCAAGACCACAGUGAAAGUUUUUUUCCUUUGCUAACCAACGAGCACACAGAAGAUCUCCAGUCACCCCAUAGGGACUCUCGCUACACUAGCAUGCCGGCACUGGCUGGUGUGCCUGCCGCAGAGAGUGUUACCACCAGCACCCAGACCGAACCCCCACCGGCCAAAUGUGGUGAUGCCGAAGAUGUUUACUACAAAAGCAUGCCAAACCUAGGCUCCAGAAACCACAUCCAUCAGCUGCACACCUACUACCAGCUAGGUCGCGGUAGCAGCGAUGGAUUUAUAGUUCCUCCAAACAAAGAUGGAACCCCUCCAGAGGGAAGUUCAAAAGGACCUGCUCAUUUGGUCACAAGUCUAUAGAAGAUGAAAGAGAAAUGUAAAUCGACAAAACUGCUAACACCUGGUUGACUGUUCUGAGUUGCUAUAAGCAGUGGUAAUAAUAUGUGUACUCCUAAAUCUUUAUGCUGUUCUUGAAUGACAAACACAAACUCUCAGACUUCUUUUUUUUUUUUUUCAACUGGGAUUUUUAGGUCAGCCCAGGGGAGAAAGAUAACUGCUGAAAUUCCCCUGCACCCUAUCCUUUCCUGUCCUUUCCCCCCUCAGAUGGAGACUUCAUUAUGUUAAUGAACGAGAUAUGAAGAAAAUGGCGCUCAUUGUGGCCUUGUUGAAUUAUGUUGUGUUUGUUCUAACAUCUCUGAUGCUCUGUUACUAUAAUUACAAGGACCUGAUUUUUAAAAGGCCAGAAGAGUUGUUGGAAAAUAGUAACAAUGCUGCAUCUAGAUUGGAGUGCUGCACAAACAAACAUAAAAGCAAAGCAAAACUGUAUCACAUAGUGGUUUUUAGUCACUUUCAACCUGAAUUCAUCACAGUGGUAAUAGCUGUGGUCUACAAAAUGAAACAACAAAAUUAAUAGCAAAACGGAAGGGAAUUCUAGGAUGAUAUGCUAAAUGCAUAUUUAAUGAUUUGCUGUAUUAACUGAUGAUAAAACUAAUGGCAGAAAAAAUGAACAAUUUCUAUGUAAUGUACAGAUACUAGCAUUGCACAUAUAGUCUGCUUUCUGUUCCUCCAGAAUUUGAGUCCUGUUAAUGUAGUGCAAAAAAAAAAAGAGAGAAUUUUUUUUUCUUUUGUGCUGGUCUUGCAAGUUUGUCUACCAGUAAGAGAGCAAAGUUUUCUCCUUUUUUUGUUUUCUUUCUUCACUUUUCCUUUUUUUUUUAUUUUUUUUAUUUUUUGCUUAUUUCUUUAAAAUGUCACCUGGCAAAAAAUAAGUAAAUAAAUAAAUAAAUAAAUGAUAAAUAAAUAAAUAAAACUAUCACUUUAUAAGAAUCAUUUUCUAGUAAUGCAAACAAAUUAUUUUUUACAAAAAAUAAAAUAAAUAAAAUUAGAUUUACUUCCCUCACUAUAUAUCUUUAUUCAGUCAGAAUAUUUCCAAGAGCAUUUUUGCAAAUUAGAGCAGGACGAACUUUUAUGUUUACAGUGCACAUCUGUUGUAAUGGAAGUUAUUCGGCAAGCAAUUCAUCCACCAAGAUGGUAGCUAUGGUUCUAGAAGUCAAGAGGUGUCAAUAGAACUAGUGGGGCUUCUGCAUGUGAAAAAAAAAAUGGUAUCCUAUAGGCAUUAAAGUGCUGAAUCUUCAGUCUGAACCCAAGUGGGUACCUGCACUACCACUUUUUAAAGGAAAUUCACUCCCUUGUAGUAAGAAUCAAGGUCAAGUUAUUUUGAAGUGAUUUUUUGGGGGGAAAAACCUCUUCUGUUUAUUAACAGGAAAAUUUAUUUAUUUGACAGGAUUUUAAGUAAUGUAGGAAUACAAGAGGUAAAUUAGCAGCACAUAUAAUUUUUUUUUAAAUUUAUGAUCCAUUUUGUAUGGUCUCAAAGUUGGAUGACCUCAUUACUAAUAUUUGUUGUAAAAGUGAAACUUGUUUGCCAACCAAUAAACAACUGAUUGAGAUUUAGUA